AUGUUCGUCAGAUUCGUUACAAUAGUAUUUUUUGGAUUUCAUGUCUCUGGUAACCCGAUUGCUGACACCAAAUAUGGACAGGUUCGAGGGGUCUACUCGGAUACCGGUCAGGAAGGGCUGAAAGUGACGUAUUUUCGUGGAAUAAAAUAUGCCGAGCCCCCCGUAGGAGACUUGCGUUUCGAAUUGCCAGUUGAGAUCAAACCAUGGUCACCCGACAUAUAUGAUGCAACAGUGUUUGGUCCAUCUUGUCCACAGUAUUUCUCAGUACCCGAUUGGAUGCAAAAGCUACUCCCGAACAACGAUAUUUCUGAAGACUGUCUUCUCUUGAAUAUCUACGUACCUGGUCAUAACCUACAGCCGGCAAACACGUAUCCAGUUAUGGUAUGGAUCCACGGCGGAGCAUUCAAUAUUGGACAAGGUAUGCUGUAUGAGAGUACUGCUCUGGCUGGAUUGCAUGACGUAAUCGUCGUAACCAUCAAUUAUCGCCUUGGAACAUUCGGUUUUUUGAGCACCGGUGACGAAUAUUGUCCUGGAAAUUUUGGUCUCCAUGACCAAAUUAUGUCACUACAAUGGGUUCAAGAAAAUAUUGCCAAUUUUGGUGGUGACCCUACUCAGGUGACGAUCUUUGGUGAGUCGUCUGGAGGUGCUUGUACCAGUAUUUUAUCUCACUCCCCCGCAGCUGUAGAUUUAUUUCAUCGCGUCAUCUCACAAAGUGGCGUGUACCACCGGGGAUUAAUGAUAUCCACUGAGCGGGCAACACAGUUUGCUUACAACGUUGGUUACACUGCCAACUGUAACACAACAGAUAACCCCGAUCUGACCGACCAUUACCUACUGAUUGAGUGUCUGCGUGAUUUGACCUGGGAGCAGUUAUUGUACGCCCAGUCUGAAUCGAUUAUUGUACCCUUCCCCGUUGUAGAUGGAGACAUAAUUCCAGGUAUCGAACCAAAGCCCGCGACUGAUAAGUUCAAAGAAUACGAUUACUUGGCAGGGACAAACAGCUGGGAAGCUUCGUUAUUAGUUGCAAAUGUGGACCAGUUUGACGAUGGAAAGAUGAAUGACGUCAUAUUCAGGGCAAUGAUAAGGGUAGCAGUGCAAGUCAUAUUUGAGAACAACGAACAUUUAAUAUCAGACGCUUCGUACCACAAAUACACAGCAUGGUAUCAAACAGAUGACGAUGAAGUUCGUUUAGAUAGAUUUAAAAACUUCUUCAACGAACUGGCUUUCCUAGCUCCAACUGUAGCACAGUUACGUGAACACUCGAGGCGCACUCUCAUUCCUCCAAGCCCACCAGAAACCAACACAUAUCACUACUAUUUCGACCACCGUCCAAGUUUCUACACAGGUCCUGAUUACAUUGACGGUGCUGCGCACGCCACUGAAAUACCGUUCACAUUUGGACUCCUCAUGAUGACGGGUAUCGGCCCAUUUGGAAACAUGACUGCGCCUGCGGAUGAAAAACUGCUCAGUUUAGACAUGUCCAGAUACUGGACGAACUUUGCCAAGUCAGGAGAUCCCAACCAGCCUGUUGCCGUGCCGGUCCAAUGGCCACUGUAUGAUAACACUCUCUAUACCUACAUGCGAUUUGAACCGAAUAUGAGCGCCAAUAACGUGAGAGAAAACCUACGAGCUGAUGGUACUGCAUUUUGGAUCGAAUAUGUUCCCACUCUAGUGAAUUUGACGUGUCCAUCGACUACUCCACCUGAAUGCGCAUCGCCUACUCCACACGACUCCGCGCCAAUCACUGAUUCUGUGGCUAUGGUUACGACAAGCAAUUUCCCAAUAUGCAUUUUAACGUUAAUUGUGCUGUUUAUUAGUUGUUAA